AUGUUCCUAGAGGUCGGGAAGUUCAAUGAUUCUAUAUGGACAGCACUGUGGUGUACAGGGAUCAUGCUAUGUUCCCUGUUCUCUAUCAUCAUGCUGUUUACAACUCCCACAUCCGACCGGAAACCUGGGGUGACACUACCAUAUACCAUCCUCCUACAUACUGUACCUCUCAUCACUAUCCUCACUUUCGUGAGUGCAUUUGUGGCGUAUACUCAUGUGCUCCUUUCACGGAUAUUCGUACGGCCUGUGAUGAUCAUCACGUUCGUGUUUAUCCCUGCGGCGUUGUUCAUAUCUGCAAUUUGGGCGUUUGUAGGAAGCUUCAUGUGGGAUGGGGAUACCAAGCCAACAUGGGGAGAAACUACAGCACUUCACUUGUUCUCUCUUAUUCCCUUGGCUCUGUCUAUUCUUACAGCUCAGAGACUUUUCGGUCUUCCUAGGGAUAUACAUUCCACGUCGUUGACAUUAACGUUGUCUACCCAGCUCCUAAUGGCCAAUCCUCUCUUUCUCGUGCUUUCUCCAACCAUCCUCCUCGCCACCCUCCUUGCAUCAAUACCGUUCAUUACGCUUAUAUUCCAUCUACUUCUAAUAGAGUAUUUUAUAUCCCUGUCUGAUUGUUUUAGUCCCGACGCCCUCCUGCCGCCCUCAAUGUCAACACACAUGAUUCAUGCUGCUUUGAUGCAUUCUACUGGGCCUUCUCUAGGCACAGUUGUUCUUUUAGCCCUGAUUUUAAUAGCUAUCAGACUUUUGAUGCUUUUAACGGUCUUCUUUUAA